AUGAGGACCUCCGCCGAGGAUCAGUUUGAGCCUGGAAAUGUGAGGUUGUCGAACAAAUUGGCCAAAGCGGAUCAAAAUAGGAAUUUGAGCGACAAGAAUGACGGGGCCUUUGGAGAUGCCGAAGGCAUCAUCACGGGAUCAUCUUUCGUGGCGCUUGCCACUCGCUACAAACCAUCUGAUCAGACGAUUGUGUUUUUUGCAGCGGCACGGCGGGUUGGACAGGAUGCCGAGGCUUUGGCUUUAUGCAAAAUGCUGGUGGAGCGCGGCAUUGACAUCAACCAUGGUGAUGAGUUACAUCAAACCGCCCUCUUUUACGCUGCCCGUCAGGGACAUGCGAAUACCAUCAGGUACCUAAUCAGUAAAGGUGCCGAUCCGAACGUGGUGGACAAGAAUGGGGAAACGGCGAUGUUCUUUGCCGUCCUCAACAAACGCACCGCUGCGGUAAAGGCGCUGCUGGAAGGCGGGGCACGUUUGGAAGUGGUCAACAACUGGCACCAUACCUGCAUGAGUGUCGCCCCCGCCGAAGUCCUGCCUGUUCUACAGGAGGAACGCAAGAAGCGACGAAGUUAUGACGAAUCAGGUCCGGGGCCAAAGCGCCGACGGACACCAGUGGAAGAACUACGGGCUUGGGCUGACGAAUGGCCGAUCAAGGAGCGAGUUGUCGGCAAGGAAAUCAAUUUCCGCCCAGAGGAUGUCGUCGCUGUCAAGAGCACCGGCCGGAAGAUCCCUGGCAACACUGGAGAAUAUGUAGUUCUCCGCAAGUGCCCUGCGGAGUCUGCAGCAAGACUGCGAGUAUCGGAGAAACACUUCGUAGCAGACCACGCCCUGAUGAUGAACAAAGAGCCAUGGUUUAGACACCGCAAGCCAGAGGACGUGAAGAAGCUUGCGGUGUCAGAUGAGUAUCCCACAGCUGUUUUUUUGUGA